AUGGCUCGACUAACAAUCACAAAAGAGAAGGAAAAGUGCAAAGGAGCUUCCAGUUUUGAUGACAUCGAGGAAGAAUCCCCCAGCACCGAAGAAUUAGUAAACAUGAUGAAGAAGAAAGUAGAGAUUAAGAAAAAACUUCAAAUGGAAAAAUGUGAAAUGAGCAGUUGGAGUGCCUGGACAAAAUGCUCAGUCAGUUGUGGAAUGGGAUCUCAGCAGCGUCGGCGAGUGCUCAACCACGCCCAUGUUACUCCCUCUAUGUGCAACUCGUCAUUAACAGAAACGAAGAAAUGCUUCGAGCUGGCCGACACAUGUGAGACAGGCAUGGACAAGAAAUUCGAUCCGGUGGUGGAAAACAGAAAGAAAAUAAUGCACCUUAGACCUGGCAAGGUCCUACCGGAGGACUUUAUAUUUCAACAGCAAGAGAAACUCGACACGGGCAAAUGUGCUGUCACUCCCUGGUCGCCAUGGUCACCAUGUAGUCACACAUGUGGCCGCGGCAUGAGAGAACGAUGGCGGAUCUUCACGUCCAGGGAAGGCAACCCUGAAAUGUGUAACCUUCGACGCAGUGAAAAAGAUCUUUGUUAUGGUCGUAUUCCAGAUUGCCGCAAAGCGGACAUGAUGAAGAAUUGGACAGCCAUUUGUACCUCACCCCCUGAUGACGGUCCCUGCCGUGCCAAAUUCCAACGAUUCUAUUACGACACUCGUAUGAAGAAAUGCUUACCUUUUAAUUAUGGAGGUUGUCGUGGGAACGAGAAUAGAUUCGAGAGUGAAGCGGAGUGCCUCAGAACUUGUGCUGAUCGAAUGCGAAAAUUACAGUUACUCCAAAACAGCGAUGAACUGACGAAAAAAUACAAGGAGAUGCGUAAACUGAAGAAGGAAAUGAGACGAAAGAUGAAGAAAGCUCGUCGGCAUCGACAUAUCAGUCCUCGAGUGAAUUGCAUGGUCACUCCGUGGUCAGACUGGUCUGCCUGUUCAGCCACCUGUGGCGAUGGCUUCAAAAUGAAGAACCGAAUGAUAAAAGCUGAACCUAAAAAUGGAGGAAGAAAAUGUCCGAAAAAAUUGGUCAAAAAGAAAACCUGCCGAAUCGCCAAGUGCCCCAUCGACUGUAAGAUGUCCGAGUGGCAGGAAUGGAGCUCAUGUCAGGCGACAUGCGGUAUGAAAGUGAUGCAAGUGCGCAGGCGUAAACGAAUGGUGAAGCCAAGAAGAGGCGGCAAAAUCUGUCCUCCCAAAAUAGAAAGAAGAUUAUGCCGUGUGCCCGUUUGUGAACCAGUCAAAAAUAUGGAUCCAAUCACCAAUAUGGUAAAGGAAAAUCCCCCAACCGAAGCGGCCUAA